UGGUUAGGAAAUUCAAAACAAUGAGAGCCGCUUUACUAAAUUUAUAAAAAAGAUAUGCAAAAAGUAGCCCUCAGUGUUUUGAAUUUCCUAACCAAGAGAUUUUCGCUAAAACGUUUCAAAAUCAGGUCUAUCGAUAGAGAAUUAAAUUGUCUACAAAAUGGUUUAUUUACUUUUGAGUUCUGACUUUUUCAAAAAUUUCUGCAAAUAAAACAAAAUUAUAGAAAAAUGUCACGGAAUUACGUACGCAGGUAGAGUUAGCUGGCCAGGCCGAUAAGCGAUUUACAAAAUGCAAUAAUAUCUCUUAAUUCUAAUAUAGAACAAAAACAAAAACUAAUUGAAAUAAUUAAUAUAAAACGAAAAUUAAGUGACGCAAGAGCUAAUUUUAAAGAUAUUGAUAAAAAUUUAAAUAGAACAGAUGCCAUUGAUCAACAAAUACGUUUAUUUAAAGCUUUUAUUUCAAAUUUAAAAGAUAAUCAGAACGAUUGUGCAAAGUUUUUAUGUAAUGAAUAUGAAAAACGAAUUAAAUAUCUUAAUGAAUAUAAACAACAUUUAAAACAAAAUGAAAAUGAUGAUAAGAAAACUGGAAAACAUUUAGAAUCAAAUGAAAACUAUGUAUUACAUGAAUAUUUAAUUGAAAAUUCAAAAGUCGAAAAUAUUGAAAAAUUAAUCAAUGAAUUAAAAGAAUUAUAUAAUGAAAAAGAGAAAGAAGAAUUGAAUAAAAUUAAUAUUUUAAAUUGA